CAAGUUAGGUACAUUGAUAUCUGUCAGGCUACUCAAGCUCAGUACUUAGUCGACUUUAAACUCUUAAAGUCUCUAAACGUAUUUUGAAUGCAUACCAGCAUCUCAGCAAUUUAACAUCAUGUCGAUAGAGUUUAAAGUGAAUGGAAUUCCAAUAGAAGUGGAACUUAGUUCUUUGCCACCGGACAUUACCCUAAACACCUACAUUCGGGAGCAUGUUGGUCUCACAGGAACGAAAUUUAUGUGUCUGGAAGGAGGAUGUGGAGUUUGUGUGUGUUCGGUCAAGAAACCAGACGGACAGACUUUGGCAGUGAAUUCGUGCCUCACAUUACUCAACAUUUGCCAUGGCUGGGAAAUAACUACAAUCGAAGGAAUUGGCAACAAACUCGACGGAUAUCAUCCAAUUCAAAGCCGAUUGGCUGAAUACAAUGGAAGCCAAUGUGGAUAUUGUUCACCAGGCAUGAUCAUGAAUAUGUUUAGCUUGCUAAGUUCCAAAAAAGAUGGAAAAUUGACAAUGUCUGAGAUUGAAAAUUCAUUCGGUGGAAAUAUCUGUCGUUGCACGGGAUAUCGACCAAUUUUAGAUGCAAUGAAAUCUUUUGCCACUGACAGCAGCAACGACUGUCAUCGGACUGAAUGCCCCGAUAUCGAAGAUCUCCCAACAACAACGGAUGAAAAAUGUCUGAAAACAGGUGAAAAGUGUAAUGGACUAUGUCGUCAAACAUCAGCUGCUGGGGUUAUAACUUACAAAAAUGGAUGCAAAUGGUUUUGGCCAAGAAAUCUUACGGAAUUAUUUAAGAUUCUACAAACUUUGAACGACGACAAAUAUUUCCUAGUUGCUGGCAAUACUGCACAUGGUGUCUAUCGUCGAUCGUCGGUGGAGGAUGUGAAAAACUUUAUAGAUGUGAGUUUAUCAAAUCUACGAAAUUAUAGAUUUGAUCGAGAUUGCCUAACGUUGGGGGCGAAUCUCAGUUUGACCGAAACUAUGGAGAUCUUUCUAAAAGCUGCUAAAUUACCAGAUUUCGAGUAUUGUCAGGAAUUAUACAACCAUUUUGAUUUGAUUGCUAAUGUUCCGGUGAGAAAUAUGGGAACUCUAGCGGGAAAUUUAAUGAUCAAGCAUGCUCAUCCUGAAUUUCCUUCGGACAUUUUUAUCACCUUUGAAGCUCUAAACGUCAUAGUAAUGGUCGGUAAUAUAAGUGGAGUCGAGGCUAUGACACUGAGCAAAUUCCUCAAAAUAAAUAUGAAGGGAAAAGUGAUACUUGCAUUCCGUCUUCAAGCCUACCCGAAGGACAAGUGUAUUUUUAAGUCUUUCAAGAUAAUGCCUCGAGCUCAAAACGCCCAUGCAUAUGUGAACUCUUCUUUUUUCCUUGACUUAAAUCCCAUCGAUAAAAAAAUUAACUAUGCUCGAAUUUGCUUUGGUGGGAUUAAUAAGGAUUUUAUUUAUGCGAAAUCUACAGAAAAUCUACUCGCUGGAGUGAAUUUGUUCUCAAGUGAAAAAAUCCAGUGGAUACUGGAAUGCCUUCAUGAUGAGAUAAAGCCGGAUUUUGUUCCACCUGAUGCAUCAUUGGAGUACCGCAGGAAACUAGCUUGUGGCCUCUUUUAUAAAUUUAUUCUUUCCAUUCUUCCUGAGGAUAAAUUACAAUCGAGACUCAGAAGUGGAAGAGAGGUACUUAAGCGUCCUCUGUCGUCAGGAAAGCAAAUAUUCAAGACUUCAACUAAAGAUUUUGCAAUCAAACAACCAAUAAAAAAACUCGAAGCUAUUGUACAGUGUUCGGGGGAAGCCAAGUACAUGAACGAUUUUCCAUCUCUGCCCAAGCAAGUGUGGUGUGCCUUUGUCAAUGCAACUAAAGUCGGUGUUGAAAUAUUGGAAAUCGAUGCUUCUGCUGCUCUGAAAAUUCCUGGGGUUGUAGGAUUUUUCGAGGCCAAGGAUAUUCCUGGGAUAAACUCAUUUGUAAAUACGAGUCCUUCAUUUUUUGGCAUGCUACAUGAUGAACAAAUUUUCUGUGCUGGAAGAGUUUCUUACCAUAACCAGCCAGUGGGAAUGAUUGUAGCGGAGAAUAGUGCUUUGGCAAAUUUUGCAGCUUCCAAAGUUCAAAUCACCUAUUCCAAAGGAGACCCAGAGGUGUUCACAACCAUGGAAAAUGUUCUUGAAGCCAACAAAACAGAGCGAAUCCUGGAUGUUAUGGUUUCUUCAAUCAAGGAACUAGAACUUCGUUCACCAGCUCAAUUUUCAGGAUCAGGACAUCUAAAGCUCGGCCAGCAAUAUCACUUCACUAUGGAACCACAUACCACAGUUGUGAUUCCCGUAGAGGGUAGCAAGCUUGAGGUUUACUCCUCCACCCAAUGGAUGGACUUGACUCAGUGCGCAAUAGCAAAGUGUGUUGGAAUUAAUGUAAGCGACGUCCAGCUCAAUGUUCGCCGACUGGGAGGAGGUUUUGGAUCAAAGAUCUCCCGAGGCAAUCAUGCUGCCUGUGCAGCUGCCUUAGCAGCGAUCAAACUUAAUCGGCCAGCUCGAUUUGUCCAGACAAUUGAAUCCAUGAUGGGAACUAUUGGAAAACGUUGGGCAUGCAAUAGUUUCUAUGACUUUCACGUCAACUCUCAGGGUAAAGUGCUAGGUCUGGAAAAUCGUUUUUUUGAAGACGCAGGUUACAUUGAAAGCGAAAAUGCCAUUGAAAGUAUUGCUGGACCUGCUUUGAUCAAUUGCUAUGAUUUUAAAGAAAAGUACAAGAUUGACGGGAAAAUUAUUCUUACUGAUACUCCCAGUCACACUUGGUGUAGGGGACCAGGAUCCCUGGAAGGUUUCGCAAUGACAGAGACAAUCAUGGAGCACAUUGCAUUUGAAACCCAACGCGAUCCAGUGGAUGUUCGGAUGGAAAACAUUGCUCAAGAUCACAAAAUUCGAGGUUUGAUCGAACAAUUCCUUAAAAAUUCUGAGUAUCGAAUGCGGAGGAUAGAAGUCGAGAAGUUCAACGAAGCAAAUCGAUGGCGAAAGAAGGGUCUGGGUAUUACGAUUAUGCAAUUUGAUGUCAUGCACUUUGCACCGUUCGCAGCAACUGUCGCAAUCUAUCACGCUGAUGGAUCCGUUGUCAUAUCUCAUGGCGGUAUUGAGAUGGGACAGGGCAUGAAUACGAAGGCGGUACAGGUAGCUGCACAUUUGCUUGAUAUUCCAAUGGAAGUCAUACGGAUUGAGAGUUCAAAUACGGUUAAUGGAGCAAAUGCUAUAUUUACUGGAGCUUCAAUAGGCUCGGAGUGUGUUUGUCUUGCUAUUCGUAAGGCAUGCGAUACUCUCCUGGAACGUUUACGUCCCAUCCGGGAAUCAAUGCAAGAAUACACCUGGCAAAGUCUUGUCGAAAAUGCUCAUAACCAGGGUGUCAAUUUAAUCGCAAGUGACCAAUUCCAAACGGGAGAUCUCGAAUCAUACUUGGUCUAUGGAAUUUGCUUAACUGAGGUUGAAAUCGACAUUCUAACUGGCAACCUUCUUGUUAAUCGUGUUGAUAUUCUCGAAGAAACUGGAGAAAGUCUUAAUCCUGCCAUAGAUAUUGGACAGAUUGAAGGAGCAUUUGUUAUGGGGCUUGGAUACUUUCUAACUGAGCAACUGAUUUACGAAGAAAAAACUGGCGAAUUACUUACGAACCGAACUUGGAACUACAAACCUCCUGGUUGCAAGGAUAUUCCAAUUGAUUUUCGAAUCGAACUUCUUCAGGAGAGUCCGAAUCCUGCUGGUUUUAUGAGAUCGAAAACCACUGGAGAACCAGCAAUUUGUAUGGCCGUAUCGGUUCUAUUUGCUAUUCAAGAAGCUCUUCAAUCAGCUAGAAAUGAUGCAGGUCUAGAGAGGAAGUUCAUAAGUUUAGGUGCACCAACUACUCCCGAACAAAUUCUUUUGAAUUCUGGAGUGGAUAUCACGCAUUUUGAAUUGUAGAUAUCUUAAUUCUUUUGUUGAGGCAUAUGAUAGUAAAGCUAUAUGUUAUUGGAAAAGAUUGUAAUUACACUGAUCAACCUCGAGAACAGGAUGAGAGAUGACAUAAUUCAAAAUCUCACUUUUAAGGAACCGAAGUUGGUACCUGCUUCUAUGGUUGCGAUAUUUUAAUAACUUUUCCUCAUGUUUAAGCUCCACUAGUAUGAAAUUAAUGACAAAUUACAAAUGACUUCUUUCAGCAAACAUUUCUAAGAUUGAA